GUUGCGGUCGACCUUGUUUCAAUCCUGCUUCGUUCGGAAAAGCAUGGUACAAAUCUUAAGAAGCAACUCGAUGAGACGGUUGGGACCCUUGGCUGGUCCGAGAUGCUUGCGAAACGCAUCUUGAAUGCUUUGGUAGCAGCAAUCAGAGAGGGUCGCGACAAGAUGGGCCCAGCCUUUGCUAAGGCUUAUGAAGAUGCCGCUAAAGAGGCCGAUUCAGUAUUCCACCAACUCGUUGAGGAUGCAAGAAACCAUCCUCUCGAGUUGGUAGCGACGGUGCUCAUCACCGUCAUUGCUCUCGGCGUGCUUGUUGCGCUGGCACCCUAUGUUUUGGAGCUCUUGGGAUUUAGUGAGCUCGGACCUGUGACAGGAACCUUUGCUUCGUGGUGGCAGUCGACCUAUGGAGGUUACGUCCCAGCGGGUUCUCUGUUUUCCUUUUUCCAGAGUUUGGGCAUGAUUUGGGGAUGA